CGUCUUGGCCGGCCCCUGGCGAAUUGAGCGGAAACUAAACUUCCCAGCAAGCAGCGCGCUAGCCUGGGAAUCGGGACAAGAUGGCGGACCCAGAGAAUGUACCGCCGGCUGCCCCUUCAAAGGCCCCGAUUUCUUUCAGUUUCACUCGCACGUCUGCCCGGAGGCGACUGGCCGACCCCACAGACAGCGAAGGACGAACCUCUGAAGAGAAAGAUUUCUUGACGACCGUGGAAGGGAGGGAGCUGCAGAGUGUGAACCCUCCAGAAGCCCCCAAGGAACUGGUCAUCCCAUUGAUCCAGAAUGGCUCUCGAAGGCAACCACUGGCCAAGAACCCUAAGCCAUCCUCAGAAAGUAGGACUGCGUUGAUGUCAGAUGGUGUGCUGUCCCUGGCUGUGAAGGAGCUCAUUGAGGAAUCCAAGAAGUCCAUGGAAGAGAGGGAGAAUGCAGGUGUUGACCCCACGCUCACUAUUCCCAUGGUCCAGAAAGGAUGCAAUCCCAGUGAGGAAGGAACAGACAGCGAACCUCAGGCUGAGACAGUGCCAGAGGAAGCCGACUAUGAAGCAGUUCCUGUGGAGGCCUAUGGGCUGGCCAUGUUGCGGGGCAUGGGAUGGAAACCUGGCAAGGGCAUCGGCAAUACUUUCAGUCAAGUAGUGAAGCCCCGAGUCAAUACUCUGAGGCCGAAAGGCCUAGGACUGGGUGCCAACCUGAUGGAGGCCAAAGCCUUGGCCUCCGCUGGCUCUCAUCACCCACCAAGACCAGAUGGGGAUCGAGAGAAGCAUAAGGAAGGGUUGAUGCCUGGAGGAGCUGUGGUGGUCCUUUCUGGCCCUUUCAAGGGCCUAUAUGGGAAGGUAGAAGGCCUUGAUCCUGACAAUGUACGGGCCAUGGUUCGGCUGGCAGUAGGCAACCGCAUUGUGACUGUGAGUGAGUAUUGCCUACAGCCUGUUACCCAGCAGGAGUUUGAUAGCCACGCCUCACAGCCAGGCCACAUGAGCAAAACCUCCACAGAACAUCAUAACAGAACAACUGGAACAGGCGUGUCAUUGAAGGCCCUCCAGAAUCAGGAAGACUCAAAGAGGAGGCAGAAGGAUUCAGAGAGGAAGCGGAAACACUCCACAGACCGACAGGAUAGACCUGUGGCAAAGAGUGAGAAAGCAACCUCUAAGAACAAGCAUUGGCUGCACAGGGACUUACGUGUGCGGUUCAUUGACAAACAGCACAAGGGUGGCCGGUAUUACAACACCAAGAUGACAAUUGAAGAUGUCCUGAGCCCAGGUACUUGUGUAUGUCGGACAGAUGAAGGCCGAGUUCUAGAAGGUGUGAGAGAAGACAUGCUGGAAACCCUGAUUCCCAAGGGAGAGGGCCACCGUGUGAUGGUGGUGCUGGGAACACAUGCUGGAAAGGUGGGACUUCUUCUGAGUCGGGACAGCGUGAAGAGUCAGGCUUUGGUACAACUUAAGAGAGAGAAUCAGGUAGUGGAGCUCCACUAUGACGCUAUCUGCCAGUACGUGGGUCCCAGUGACUCAGAUGAAGACUGACAUGUGGACCACUGCCAUCACCCAGGCCGUCACUAGUUGUGUAGCAAUCUAUAACAGAUGCCAUGGAGAAGAUGGGAGAUAAUUGUUCUGUCCUGCAGGGACAGGGAUGUGAGUGGAUAGACCCAACUAUUUACCAAAAUUUAGAAUAUAAUAAAAACCAUUUUUAAAAGUAGGAAGGUGAGAUCAAAACCAAUAGGUGAGCUGUGGAUUCAGGUGAGAACUGAGGUGACUCAGAUGGAACUACUUCAUCUCUUAGCCUCAUUUCCCUGCUGAGGGUGCAGGACAAGUUAAAUUACCCAUCCAAUACAGAGCUCACUCUUGCAGCAUAGAAACUAUGAAAUCUGUCCCCAAACACUAUAGAACCUCCAGUGCUAUAUCUCAGAACAGCUUCCUAAGUUUGGAUCUUGAAUGGCUUUCAAAGGCCCAUAUUUUUCUUUUUUAAAAGUGUAUUAUAUUUUUAGUUACAUGUAUAUGUGUGCCUGUGUGAGAGUGUGUGAUUAUGAGUACAAAUACUGUCGACACCAUGAGUGUUAAGUCCUCCUGGAGUUAAGUUACAGGCAAGUACAAGCUGCCAGAUAUAGGUGCUAGGAACCAAACUUGGGUCCUUUGAAAGAGCAGCAAGCACUCCUCGUCACUGAGCCAUCUCUCCAGCCCAUAUAUCCGUAUCUUAAAGGAUUCUUGCCCAGGAUGAUGCUAGUAGCACCUAUUGCUGACCUUUGAAAGAUAAAGACCUGGUAGAAAUUACUUAGGUCAUGACUUAGAACCUCCAAAACUGUGAACCAAACUCUACUUUUCUUCCUUUAAUUAUAUCUGGUAGUUUGUCAGAUUAAGGGAAAACUGACUGCUGCUCCCACCGAGAACUCUAGUAGGGGCAUCUGUUAUUCUUGAUCCAGGGCAGACCUCCAGGAAUGCCACUGAGCUGAUGAUGCACUGAAGAGAAAUGGAGUUACUUCUAACUUCCAAAGGAGCUAGUCACUUGUAGUCCCAAAACAUUAGCUUGGAGAUAAUAAGGUAUUUCCGAUUUGUGCAGUCUGCUUGCCCUAGGUGACUGUUCUGAAAAAGGUUAUCCUGAACAUUUUUCCUGCUUAAUGGCCAAAAAUAAAAAUCAACAAGAGAAGUCAGAGCCUUAGACACAAUUGCUUCUAAAUCAUCUUUGAAGCUUAAGUCAUUCAUGCAGUAAAUGUUAAUUGACUUAGAUCUGGGCCACAGGUACAAAACAAAACAAACAAACAAACAAAAAAACCUAAUUCGUCAGCCUAUGACACAUUGAAAAGAAUCAAAACACCCCAGAACAUGAUGAUAAAGGGAUAGGGCUCAGUGUUGGUGUAUGUGCCUAGCAUAUGUAAAGCCUUGGAUUCCACCCCCAGUACCACCAGGAAAAAAGUGAACCAGAGGCAAACUGAACUGUGGCCAAAAUGAACAGACAUAGACAUGAGUGACCAAGUGUGCUAGCCCAUGUCCAUAAUCUAGCACUUGAGAGGCUGAGACAGGAAGAUUUCCAUGAGUUCUAGGACAGUCUAAGCUUCAUCAAAAGACCCUUUCUUCAAAAACUAAAAAAUAGGAAAUGUUCUGGGUGUGAUAGCACUGAAGAGGCAGAGAGAGGUAGGCAGAUCUCCAUGAGUGAAAGGCCAAACUGGUCCCCAUAGCAAGUUCCAGGUCUGUCAGGGUUACAUAGUAAGACCCUGUCUCAAAAUAGAUAUAGGGGACUGUGGCGUUUCUCCUAUUAUAUUAUCCCUUUUAUGUCUCUUGUCUAAUUGUUAUAGUUAAGACUUUGACACUGUAAAAAAUAAGAUAGGGGCUAGUGGGCAUCUUAUCUCAUUCCUGAUUUUAGAGGAAAUGCUCACUAUGCCUUCAUUUAAUAUAAUGUUGGGUAUAAUAUAAUGUUGGUUUAUUGUAUAUAGCCUUUAUUAUUUUGAAGUACUUUCCAUCUAUUGCUACAGACUCCAGAGCUUUUAUCACAAAAACAUGUUGAAAUUUGCCAAGUAUUUUUUCAGCUUCGACUUAAAUAAUUAAUGUGAUUUCUGUCCUUGAGUUUGUUUAUAUGAUCUAUUCCAUUUACUGAUAUAUGUAUGUUGAAACAACUUUGCCUUUCUGGGAUGAAGCCCACUUGGUCGUAAUAUGUGUAAUUUUCUCAAUGUAUUUCUGAAUUCAGUUUGUAAGCAUUUUGUUAAGAAUUUUUACAUCUUUGUUCAUCAAAAAAUUUGGUAUGUAGUUUGUUUUUUCUUUCUUCCUUCUUCUCUUCCUCCUCCUCCUCUUCUUUCUUCUUGCCUUUACCUGGUUUUGGUAUCAAGAUGAUUGUGGCUUUUUGAUGACAUGAUUCCUUACCUAAAAGACACUAUUAAGCCUGCUAGGAAACUCAUGGACCUAAUAAACACUCAAGAGUAA